AUAAUGAGACCAUCUGUAGCCCACGGGCCUUGUCUGCUCUCACGCGCCUGAGUUCGCACACGCAGACACUCGCCGAAUAUCUGUAAGGGAUUUUAGAACCUAUUGCUGGAGAUUAAGAAUUGGCCUGUAUACACACUGUAUUUCACCACACCGUGUCUCAUUGUUAAUCCGAGUUUGCGCACUAAACGCACCCAAUGUCUGGCGGCACAGAGAGACAAGAGCGAGCGUGAUGAGAGUACGUGAGAGCGGCAAACACUGACCCGAAUCUCUGGGAGCUUGAGGAACGAACGGACACGUUCACGUCGAUAGACAGAUAGACUGUCUAGCCGACAGACAGCAACAGUUGUCAUGGCUUCGAUCAGCUGAGCCAGUCCUACAGACAAAUACUAACAGGAAGGCAGUGCUGUUGCGGAGUAGCGCGCCUCAUCGAAUUUGUUGUUGCGCUUCCUGCUUGUCAUCAACGUUAUUGUGAUUUGGGGCAGAUUGUCCUGUCAGCCUUUUAGUGGAGAAAACGUGUUGCGUUUUGCUCGUCAUCUCGUGGAAUUAUUUAUCUGUAUUUGUCUUUCAUCGUCACCAUCAAUCUGAUUUCGUCUGGUAUUUUUCUCUCGCUUGAGGAGAAUCAAGACAUUGGGUCGCUCAUGUUUCGGCGAGGAGGAGGCUGGGCUGUUGCGUCUGCUGUGCACAGCAGCUGUGGUCAGACUUGACAACCCCGGGAUUACAGCUGCCGUGUUGACGCGGGGAAGGGGCGAGAAGACCGCUGCAACCAGGCGUGUCGGGGUGAUUCCAGUGACGCUCGCGGCUCUCUGCGGAGCCCCCUUUCAGCCACCCCACCCACAUCUAGGGUGCUUUGGAUGGGGGGCAAGCAGAGUACGGCCGGGCGGCCGCGGGGUGCUUUUUCCGGUGUCUCAACAGAUGACAGCGCAGUGCCGCCCUCGGCCCAUUUCGGGCACUACCGACCGAGCGGAACCAUGGGUUUCCGCAGCCGCUCAGUGAGCUCCGUGGCUGGGAUGGGAAUAGAACACAGUCCCGCGGUGCCCUUUGGAUUUUACACACCCAGAGGAACGGACUCGGACAGAGCCGGAGGGGGGUCUGGCACGAAUGCUGCUCACGGUAACGGUUAUCAGGAAACGGUCGGCGGGCAUCACACGGACGGUAUGCUCUAUCUAGGAUCCCGAGGGUCGUUGGCAGAUGCCUUGCCCCUGCAUAUUGCCCCGCGGUGGUUUAGCGGCCACAGUGGGUUCCAGUGCCCUGUAUGCUCCAAGUCUGUGGCAUCCAAUGAAAUGGAGGUCCACUUCAUCAUGUGUCUCAGCAAGCCCCGCCUCUCCUACAACGAUGAUGUGCUGUCCAGAGAUGCAGGUGAGUGUGUGAUCUGCCUAGAGGAUCUGCAGCAGGGAGACACCAUAGCCAGACUGCCGUGCCUCUGCAUUUACCACAAAAGCUGUAUAGAUUCCUGGUUUGAGAUAAACCGUUCCUGCCCUGAACACCCCUCUGACUGAACAGUGUGCUUACUAUAACAACUGCUUGAGGGCGUGGUCCUGGUGGGGCUAUCUGGACACCACUCAAAAAAAUUAAUAAAUCAAUCUAUAAUUCCAUCAAAAAGACCUGUUUAUCAUAUUGAUCAAUAUAUAUCCACAGCUCCCAUAAAACAGAACCAAGAGUUACUAUGAAGCUUAUCUUGUCACUUACAGCCACCUGCAUUACAGACCCUCUCCCAUUCACUCCUCCCUCCCAGCACUACUGAUAACUACCCCACCACCACCAGCAAGGCCAGCCUCUGCCCAGGGCUGGGGGCCUCUAUCUUCCCAAAUGGAGGCCAGUUGCGCACAUACUAUGGGACCACUCUGGAACUGUGGGCCACUGGACUCCAUCUUGGAUCUGGCACAGUGCCCAACUGUUCUGUGGCCCCUAGACAGGAGAGAAGUAUGAAGAGAAAAAGGAAGAUCUGUAUUGAGAGGUGUGCCUGUGUCUGGGCUUCACUGGAACUCAGAGGACCUGGCCUCCCCAACAUGGGUCCCCCCAGACAGCACCCCCAGACAGCCUGUGUCUGGUUGCCCGGGGCUGAGCUACUGUUGGUGUCAGUGUUCACUCUGUAUCCAGGAGUGGUUGGUGGCAGGGUUGUAGCUUGUGCUUCUGUGUGUGUGCGUGUGUGUUGGGGCUGUUACAAUGUCAGUCAGGUUAAACUUCCGUGUGUGUGUACUUGUACAUGUGUAUUGUGGGGGACUGUGUCCAUGUGCUAGGUUAACAGGGUGUCAGUCACAUGUGUAUGUGAGGUUGAAGUGAUUGGUUUAGUGUGUUAUCACCUGACCUACCAAUGCACUUGUCAGAGCAUGGGACAGUACGAGUCCGCAUCCCGAGAAGGGACAUGAUGACACACCACAUUAACGUAACUACACACCACACCACACCACACUGUUCAGACAGCAUUGUUGCCAUGCCGUCUGGUCUGAUCUCAUCUCGUCUAGUCUACUUUUAUCUAGCCUGGCCUUAUCUAGAUUGGUCUGGUCUCAUCUAGUCUGGUCUAUUCUGGUCUCAUCUAGUCUGGUCUAGUCUGCUCUCAUCUAGUCAGGCACCAGUUGCAUAAACUUAGUUUAAAACUAGUCUUAGCCUUAGAAAGUCUUUAAUUGUCAGGUUAGACUAGUCUACUUAAGCCUGUCUGUUGCAUAAAUAGUAAGACUGACUUAAUUUGCAUUAGGAAAGUUAGCCACCUCUCCCCCUGGCUAAACCUUGCCAUAAGGGUUUAGUUGCUAUGCCAACAAUCUGUUAGUACGUCAUUAUUUUAGCAUAAUUAUUACAAAAGCAAUUAAGUUUAAUUUAACUGGGGUCUGCUUUUCCACUAAAAUAUCAUUUUAUUAAACGAGUUAGUAGAUGACAACAUAAGUCAUUGCAUUGACUCCAGCCUUCUGCAUUGGAUUGUUGGAUAUAAAUAGAAGUAGCGUUAGGGUUAAAUUAAGAAGCUUAAAGACGCAUACAAAUUAACUUUAUAACAACUUUUUCAGUAUUGUAUUCCUCCAAACAGAUCAGGUUUUCAGCAGGGUGCAAUGUAUCGAUCUUCCUCUGUUAAGUGUAGCUGUUGUGUCCGCAAUGUUUUCUUUUUUCGCGAAGUAUCUUAUUUUACCCAUAAUGCAAAGCGCGACAGAAGUCAGUCUUACGUUAGUCACUCAUAGGAAAGCUUUAUGCAACUGGUAAAUUGAAGUGUCUGUGGCAAGUCAGACUUAAAGUUACAUUUAAGUCUAAGGCCCCAUUUUAACAAUCUGAAACGCAAGUAUCAAAAUGCAAAGCGCAAGUAACUUUGUGGGCGGGACUCUGGCGCUGUUGCUAUCAUACCGGCGGGAUAAAUGACUUUGCGCCUGGCGCAAAUCUAAAAUGGGUUGGUCUUAUGUAGCUACAUUACUAAUGGGUGUGGUUUGGGCGUAACGUGCAAUAAACCAAUCAGAGCGUCAUCUCACAUUCCCUUUAAGAGCAGGCGCGCUUGUUCCAUGGCGGAUUGCUAUUAUAACGGCGGAUUUGCCAGGCGCACGCCAGGAGCGGUUCACAGCCAAGGAGACCAACGUUCUCGUCAGGGCCGUAAAAGCCCUUAUUUUUAUAUAUUAUUUUUUAAAUAGUUAUAUUUUUUAAUUGUUUAGUUCUUAGAAUUAGUUUAACCAUUGUACUUUUUUACUUAAUUUAAGACCCGUAUAUGUUUAUUGUUUGCACCUUCCUGCCACAGUAAAUUCCGUGUUUGUGUAACAUACAUGGCGAAUAAACCGAAUUCUGAUUCUGAUUGGGAUGGGAGAAGAAACCCACCCAAAUUAGCUUCGGUUAAACAGGCGUGGGAGGAAAUUGCCACAAUUGUUACAAAUCAAGUUCACAUACAUAGAGAUUUCUCAUGAAAAUCUUUUUAAUCAUUGACAUGAAAGAAAUGUAUCACAGGCAUACAAUAAAUUAAAACAAUGUAACGUAGCUUCGCAGGAAAAAGACCUUGGCCUCGCCAGCAGUGCGCACGGGCCAAGCAUGCGCCCUUAAAAUAGCAUCUGAAUAACGCGCCAUUGACUUUAGACUAAGUUUUUCCUGUUCUGUGGCGGAUUGUUUUUCUGAAACUGAAAAAUAGCACCAGGGAACAUUUGCGCCAGAACACGCCUUCUUUUUUCGCUGAACCGCCCCCGGCAGCGCAAGGUCAUUCCCUAAUUUACCUGUGUGUCUGUGGAGGGAAAAGUCUGUUUUGCGUCGAGUGAAAACUAGGAAUGAUACUUGCGCUGGGUGCAAGAUUGGGCCCUAAGACUAGGUCUAUUUUUAUGCAACUGGCCCCUGGUCUGUUCUGGUCUGAUCUAGUCUCGUCUGGUCUAGUCUGGUCUCAUCUAGUCUGGUUUAGUCUAGUCUGUUCUGGUCUCAUCUAACCAUGGUCUAGUCUGGUCUCAUAUAGUCUAGUCUGGUCUAGUCUGGCCUCAUCGAACCAUGGUCUAGUCUGGUUUCAUGUAGUCUAGUCUGGCCUCAUCUAACCAUGGUCUAGUCUGGUUUCAUGUAGUCUAGUCUGGUCUGGUCCACAAUACAUUAAUCUGGGCCACAUAACACGCUAUUUGAAACAUAAAGGACAAUGAAAAGAUUACGCAGCACACAUUAUACUACUGACAUCUGCGUAGUUUCAUAAUUGCUGCCUCUGAGGAGCACAAAGUUAAAGACAGUACCUACGUCAGUUUCUUGGAACAUAUUUCCUCCAAUAUUUGGCUACCAAAACAAACAUGGCUGCCAUACAGCUCACAACUGUUUGUACAUUAUCAUUGUGAUAGGUUGCAGAUCUGUUUUGUCUGACAUGUUUUACAGACAUUCAGGAGUCCAUACUAGCUACUAGCUAGUUUAUGUGAGGUGAGCAUUGUGCAUGUUUUUCACUCAUCUUGUGUCGCAAAACUAAUCUAAAACACGAGUCUUUCACUCACACACACAAAAUGAUUACAGCUACGACUCUACAGCGCAACUACUGUGGGGUACCAGCAAAAUUGUUGCCACAAAGACUUGUCAAUGGCCUUCGGCAGACAAAUACAAAAAAAGGAAGAUGUUAGACAACAAGAUAAAAGAGAGAAGUUAGACAUGAAAUGGUUGGAUGGUGUUUUUCCCUCCAUUUAUACCUUAUGAGGGAGUAGAGAUCCUGGCCUGAGGCUCUCUUCAGAGGCCCACUGAGGGUUAGGGUCACUAACUCACCAUGGCAACAUCCCGAUGGUUUCCACCCUUCCCUUCCCCAUUCCACACAGGAGAAGAUGACACGCCAUAACCUGAAGAGAACCAGCUGAUCUGACCAGACAGCACCAGUAGGAGGGAGGAGUGGAGGUGGGAGAUAAGAGAAUGACUCCUGGAGACCCAGAUGAGUUUCCAUCAGAUCAUUCAUCAGCUUGUGUAGGCCACUAUAGUGCCUGAGGAUUGACCUGCCUAAGCAACAAAGGUUAAAAGGGGAGAGUAUAGCUCGUUGGUUAAAUAAUUUGACUGUCCAGGAGGUUGCAACUUUAAAUCCCCCCUGUACUGUAUAUCUCUUUGGAUAAAAUCACCUGUUAAAUGAAUAUAUUAUUAUAAUACAAGUACAUUAGUAAAUCAUUUGAACAAAACUUUAACAUUUAUGAGUUUUCUGAGACCUGGUUUUGUUGUGAUGACCAGUCAGGUCAAGCAGCCUGCCAGUACUAUUACAUACAGGGGUGCACUUCAUUUAGGUCAACCUGUAAAACUGCGCCAAUGGAACCAACCUGUAGUGUAAACUCAGACAAAAAUCAACCACACCUUCAGUACUCCUGUUAUAUUCAGGUGUUUACUUUAAGCCCCCCUCCUAUCCUUUCUCUAUAAGCCUCCCCACACCCAUCCACCCCCAAGGGCAGUACUCUACUCCCAUCUUUUGCUUUCUUUCUUUCAUUUGACUUUGUAUUUGUUUUUCAGAGGAUGUGAAUGGCUGCCUGGGUUUUGAGGUACCAGAUUACUGUCAACUGGAUGUGCAGUACAAUAUAUAUAUAUAUCUAUAUAUAUAAUGACAAUAAAAA